CUCACCUUAUUUACUCGCAAUUAAUUUCUCUCUCUAGCUUUCUCUCUCGCUCUCUAUGCAAUCAUAGAGCGAGAAAGAAAGAAAGAAAGCAAGAGACAAGAGAAAGGUAAGGAAAAGAAAAGAAAAGAAAAAAAAAAAAAAAGGGGCAAAAGCCUCUCCGGUCGUCCAUCAGUUUCUUCCAAUUCGCCUUCUUCGCCAGUUCUCAGAGUCUUUGGUCCAAUCGAUCUCAGAUUUUGAAAGCUCAGAUUCAGCCAUAUCAAAUGGCAAUGGUCAAAUUCUCACACACUUUCAUCUUUGACUUUUGGUGUUAUCUUUAUUAGGUUUAGGGUUUCUGCGAAUGAGAUAAUUAUCUUUAUUGCUGUUCUUCAUCGUACUCGUCUUCUUCUUUCACAUUUCAAAGGUCUUCAACGGAGUUUCGCCUUCGAAGUAUAUUGUUUUUUGGGUUGAUUGAUAGGGUGAUGAUGAAUUAUAUAUGAUGGUUAUGGUUAGGGUUAGGGCAUCUGCGCAGAUGGAAGCGUCCGGUAGUAAUUCCGAUGUGUAUAGAGGUUCUUCGGGAGGGAGUAAUACAAGUAGUAGUAAUUCCAGGAGGUAUGGAAUGCUAUCGGCUUCGAGUAUCAUCCAGGCACCGAUAACUGCCUUGUUAGAGUAUUCAGGUCUUUUACGAACGGCCAGGUCAACUCACCAAGAAACGGACCCUUUGAUUAACGGCUUUGGUGGGAUCCAUACUCAUAGACUUGAUGAUUCUACAGCCGUCGCAGCAGCUGCAGCUGCAGCCAACAAUGGGGAGGUUGCCAUUAGGAUAAUAGGUGCAGGAGAACAUGAGCAUGAUACGGAGGGCUCUGGAUUGGUAGUUGGGCAGUUGGGUGCUCAGAGUGAGGUGUCUGUGCAGCAGCCAAUGGUUGGGAUGGAAUCUGAUGUUCAGGGAGAUUCUAGAAAUGAUCGUGGGUCAGGAGAAGGUGCUCCUCAGCAGCCUUCCGGGGCAAGUGGGGAUGGGGAAGCUGCUGAUGGUAGUGGAGCUAAUGGAAGGGAUUCAUCUUACCAGAGGUAUGAUAUUCAGCAAGCUGCCAGAUGGAUUGAGCAAGUUCUCCCCUUCUCUUUGCUUCUGUUGGUUGUCUUCAUCCGCCAGCAUUUGCAAGGAAUUACAGGUUUCUUUGUUACAAUUUGGAUUGCUGUUGUCAUGUUCAAGUCAAAUGAUAUCCUACGUAAACAGACAGCGUUGAAGGGUGAGAGGAAAAUCUCUGUCUUGAUUGGGAUCUCUCUAGCAUUCACACUUCAUGUGGUUGGUGUCUACUGGUGGUAUCAGAAUGAUGAUCUGUUAUACCCAUUAAUUAUGCUCCCUCCCAAAUCUAUACCACCUUUUUGGCAUGCUAUUUUCAUCAUAAUGGUGAAUGAUACUUUGGUCCGGCAGGCAGCAAUGGUGUUUAAAUGCAUUCUAUUAAUGUAUUACAAAAACAGUAGAGGCCGGAAUUAUCGUAAGCAGGGUCAAAUGCUAACUUUGGUUGAAUAUCUGAUGCUGCUAUACCGUGCCUUGUUGCCUACACCAGUCUGGUACCGGUUCUUUUUGAAUAAAGAAUACGGGAGCCUCUUUUCAUCACUAAUGACAGGGUUGUACCUGACUUUCAAGCUCACGUCUGUUGUGGAGAAGGUGCAAGCUUUCUUUUCUGCUCUGAAGGCUCUAUCACGUAAGGAGGUACAUUAUGGGGCUUAUGCAACAUCAGAGCAGGUCAAUGCAGCAGGAGAUCUGUGCGCUAUAUGCCAAGAAAAGAUGCAUGCUCCCAUUCUACUUCGGUGUAAACACAUCUUUUGUGAAGAUUGUGUAUCAGAAUGGUUUGAGAGGGAAAGGACGUGUCCCUUGUGCAGGGCCUUGGUCAAACCUGCAGAUCUUAGAUCGUUUGGUGAUGGUUCAACUACUUUGUUCUUCCAGAUAUUCUAAAAUUUUCUACUGUAAAAUCUUUGUAGUUUUUCUUCUUCAGAGCUCCAAACACUUACCCAAAGCUUGCCUUUUCCUGAUCAGCAAGAGAUCUACACAAGUAUAUUUGACUAUUUGGCUGUGCCUUGUUCAGUAGUUACCCAAGGAAGUUGAACCGAAGCAAGUAGAUGGAACUUGAAUUGGUUCUGUUCCUUUGUUGUAUCGAGAAAGGUUGGAUGUAUCUAAUGGCCCUUAGACGGUUCCUCUAAGGACUAACACUAUAUGUCUAUGUUCAUUUGCCAUAAAUGAAAGGCUUUCUUCCUCAUUGAAUUGUA